UCUCGAGUUACACCGUAAGUUAAAAUAUUAACGAGUGCGUGUGUAACGUCUUUCGUUGUAAAAUGUAAUCCGACACUUGUACAACCUUUUGAUAGCAUUUUUUCUCUGUUCUCCUUGUAUUAACCCGAGAUCGUAUCAUAACGUUCCUGUUUAUCCGCAACUGUCGUCGUUUUUCGAAUUUUUCCCCGCCGGAACGUGUCAAGCGCAUGGUUUUGUUUUUCCUUGUUGAUUCUUGUUUGUUAAACAAUGUCUGUCGAACUAUAGCCCUUCGAGCGCAACGUAACAUUGUAAAACCAAAAAAGUACACAAGUAAGGAUGGCCGAGUCGGUGCCGACGACGACCUUCUCGUUUCGCAUGUUUGACAUGUACCGGCGCUUCGUCGAGCUCCUUCAGCUGAACCCGAUGUUCCUAGGGGAGUUCAAGACCGGCAACCCGCACACCGACACCUGCAAGCAGCUCAUCAGGCGAACCUUCCUACAGAGACAGUCCGAGGAGCGGACGAGCAGUCUAGUCAAGUACUUGAAAGAAAAUGCGAUUGUCAUUGCUCAGCACGCCGAGCAAGUGCCCGACAAUUGGAAGGAUGCCAUCAAGUACACGAACGACUGUAUCAGGAAUGUGAAAAAGGUACUGCAGGACAAGGGUAUCACGAUCAAGACCUUUUGGCCUGAUCAGAGAAGCGUUGAUAGUCUCAGUGGUGAGAUCGCUGCUGUUUUGCAUGGUGAGCGGUUUACGGAUUUACAGUUGCAAGCUAUCAAGGAUUACUUGAUGUUCGACCUCAAGAAUCCCAAGAAGAUCAUCUUGUCAAGCACACCCACGACUUCCAAGUUUAGGAAGAAAAAUGCAGCAAAAGCUGUCAAGGUUGAGAGCCCUCGGUUGGGCCAAGACAAAACUCCCAAGCUAAAAAUGAUGAUAAGGAGAGUGUCUAAUCAAAAUUCGCCUUUGGAAGGCUAUGUCACGUGUAGCGGUGGAUCUGCAAAAGUUCACAAUCAACAGGUGGUUAGGCCAAAGAGGCUGGAAAAUAAACAAGUGGAAUAUUCAAUGAUGAGUUGUGAUUCGGUGUCUAUGAAACUGUCGCAGUUUAGUGGUGUAAACUCUGAUGAUGAGCCCAUGUACGAUACUGCUAAUGGGUCUUCAGAAAAUUGGAUGACCAGCUUAUACAAAACUCCAAAAAACGUAUCCAACAUACCUGACAAAUGUAUUAAGCAAAUAUCGCAGAAUUCAUAUUACGAUGAUUCAAUGGUGGCAGAUCUAAAUGAAAGCUCGAUAAAAGUUGAAAAAGAUGAAGAUUGUUUUACAAAUACACCCGUUGAUUAUACGCGAAGUUCAAAAAGAAAAAAUCCAUUCAAUGAACAUCAUGCUUUUGCUGAGAGCAGAGCUACAAAAUUUAUUUCCAUCGACUCUCUACCUACACAAAAUAAUAAUUGCGUAACUACGAGCGAAAAUCAUGAUAAUGAUACUUCUCAGCAAUUGCAAGCGGUAAUGGAACCCAUCGUUGAAAUAACAGAAAAAAAUGAAACGAUUAAUGUUGGAAGUAUCAGUCCUGUUAUCAAUAUCAAUGAUGUAUCUUAUGAAGAAAUGGUGCCUUUCAAAAGAAUACAAGCUGACGCUUCAUUGGAAGGUACUGAACCCUUUAAAAACGUCGAAGUAAAGCUGGAGUCAGACAUCCAAAAUACAUGCACGAAAUGCAAGACUAGACUACAUGAAACGGCAGAAAGUAUUUUCAAAUUAGAUAGAAAUGAAAAGUAUACCUCAGUUGAAAAUAUGAGGUAUUCCGAAGUUCAGAAACUAGUUGAAACUGCAAUUGAUUUCUGCAUAGUUAAAAACGAAGCAAGUCUGGAUGAGUUCUUGGUGCUCCGUCGAUUUCGUGAUAGAUUAAGAUUGAAAAGCUUGCAAGAGAAUGUAUAACUAUCACGAUUAAAACUUAGCAUGCGGUUUUUCUGUAUUUUUUAGGAUAUAGUUUUUUAUAUUUAUAUUUUUGUACUCAG